GAGGCCUAAUCUGAGGUAUGUUUCCAUUGACCAGUUCCAUCUGUUGUGUGUCAUAUGCUUGUGCCCACUUUUACUUCUAUCAUGAUUAAGGUCAAAAUUAAGGUCGAAAUUUUUUUGAACAAUGUUAGUAUAUUUUAGAUCUUCAGGUGUGGCAUGCUAUCUGCCAUGGUGCAUGUGCACUUAAGUCAGCACACCACCUGAAAGGCUGCUGUCUACAAAUCUAAAAUAUUAUAUCAAACGAAAAAUCUGAAUAGCAUCUAUCAUCUUGUUUUUUUAGGCAGACAGACAACAUUGCAUUGCUUAGAUAGACAUGUAAACAAAAUAAUCAUCUUCCAUUUAACAUACAUGAUGGAGAUAAUUGCUUGUAGGUCCUACUGAUAAUGGAAGAAGAAGGAUUCUAUACUAAUUUGAUGAAUGAGGGGAACGAUUCCUUAGAUUGGGAUAGUUUGAGUACGAUGCCUGUGGAGGAUGAUAUGAGUAACCAGCUUGAUGAGAAUGGCAUGAGUAGCGAGCCUGUCACGCAGCAGUUCCCCACUAUUGAGAGGACUACCGUGGCUAGAUCAAAUCAAAAAAGAUCGAAGAAUUUUAGUGAACAAGAAGAUAAGAUACUUGUGUCGGCGUGGUUGCAUGUAAGUUUGGAUCCAGAGCUAGGCACAAAUCAAACUCGUGCUGCAUAUUGGACUAGAAUAUACGAGCACUUAUACAAAACGAGUAAAUCCACACCAGAUCGCAGCCAGAAUUCACUUAUGCAUCGUUGGAAAACUAUACAAGAGAAUGUCAACAAGUUUUGUGGAUAUCUGAGCCAGAUUGAGGGUAGAAGACAAAGCGGGGUUAGUAUACACGACAAGAUUGCUCAGGCCAUUGCUGUAUUUAAGGAGUUGGAAGAUAAGCCCUUCCAAUUCCUGCACUGUUGGACUCUCUUGAGGUCACAAUCCAAGUGGCAUGAUAAGAUGAAGCAAAUAACAUCCCAAAAACCCUAUGCCACCAAAAAACAGAAGGCAAGCACAGAUGGUUUGGAAAAAGCUAUACCCACAAAUGAUGAUACUACCAAUCAUGUUGAUGAAGAUAAUGAACCUACAGAGACCGAAGAGCCGAAGAUCAAAUACCUUGCUGCAUGA